CUAAACUCGUUUCCUUCUUAAAGGCUCCAAGGAGUUUGAACCGCGGAUGAGACGGAGAGGAGAGAGACAGAGAAAAAAAGACGGAAGUGAAGGGCGGCGAGAAACAGAGGAAGAGGAUUCGGAGAAGAAACAGAGAAGAUAAGAUUCAGAGAACAAUGCUGACGCGGACGGUCCAAGUGGGCAACGUCUCGGAUCUUGCGGGAGAGAGGGAGAUCCGGGAGUUCUUUUCCUUUUCCGGCGACAUCGAGGACGUCGAGAUCCGGUGGAAUGGUGUUGGAGUUUCUAGGACUGCGUUCGUUACGUUUAAGGAAUCGAAAUCAGCCGAGAUAGCAGUUCUGUUGUCGGGCGCUACGAUAGUGGACCAGACGGUGACCAUAAAAUCCGUAAUCAACUAUGUUCCCAAGAUUCAUGAGCAAGUUAUAGUCAUAGAAGAGCCAGUAAGUUCACUUCAAAAUUCCAUACCAAUUGAGACUACAAGUAACUAUGGUAAUCGAAAUGUGUAUGUCGACAAGGCUCAUGAUGUGGUGACAGGUAUAUUGGCAAAGGGCUCUGCAUUUAGACAAGAUGCUUUAAACAAAGCUAAAGCAUUUGAUGAGAAACACCAGUUGUCAGCUAAUGCAUCAGCCAGAGUAAUUUCUUUUGAUAGAAGAGUUGGCCUAUCAGAGAAAUUCACACUAGGAAUAUCAGCAGUUAAUGAAAAAGUGAAAUCCGUGGAUCAAAGGCUGCACGUGUCUGAUAAAACUAUGGCUGUCAUAACUGUAGCAGAACAAAAGUUGACUGAUACUGGAACAGCCGUCAAAACCAAUAGGUAUGUGAUAGCUGGAACAAGUUGGUUGAAUGGUGCAUUUGGUAAGGUGGCAAGGGUUGGUCAUGUUGCUAGUUCCAAAACUAAAGAGAAGUUUCAAUUUGCAGUGUCAAACUUGACCGCAAAGCAGGAACCAGUUGUUGCUGUGUGACUAAAAAUCUUUGCUUCAUGGAAAUCUUUGAUUUAGCACUGUGAUGAAGUCAUUUGAGUAUGACCACCCUUGUUCAUGAAGAUGAAAUUUGUUCCCAGCAUUUUAUGCUACAUUAUUUUGCUGGUCUUUUUGCCUCUGUUUGCUUCAGUUCUAAUGGGUUCUUUGUGAGUAAUUCUUUGUGGGUGUAUUUUUGUUGUUGCAUCAUAUCAUGAUUUUUAGGAAAUUAAUUAAAUUUUAGUUUUCUUUAUUUUUUUUUUCUCUAUUUGGAUCACAGUAGCACUCAUCAAAUCUGAACCUAUUAUUUUUUUUAGUGGAAUUCAUGAUGUGAC